ACCACCAGUCCAGGACAGUUCUCAGCGUGUGCAAGGAAAGGUACUUAUCCACCACACGCAGCAGAUACGAAGCAAGCUUAUUAUCCUCUCCCUUGUCCCUUCGACCCAAAAGUCGGUUCGCAAUCCCACAGCCAGCAGCAUGUAGUGUACUGCAGGGCCACGCCUCAAUCUCCUGGAUGUCGAUUUAGUCGACACGUCGCCCCUCUCUGCCAUCCACGAAGCCAGUCAGACUCAUCCGCAUGGCUGCUCUCGCCCACCUCGCCGUUUCGUCACUGCUGCUGCUGGCAGUGGUAGUAACAGUACUAGCAGCGCCCCCCCAAUUCCACGGAGAGUCCCAGCUAGUGGCGCCCUUAUCCCGCGACUCCGAAUCCGAUGCGGAAGCCGCCAUGUAUAUCGUCCGCCUGCGCUCCGCGCCUCCCCUCGCCGCAUACCGCGGCGAUAUCGCCGGCUACCCGGCCAUCGCACCGGCCAGCCUUGACGGCGAUGGCGAUGGCGACGGCGAAAGUGAAGGGGCGCAACUCCCCGCAGGUUCUAGUUCAGAAAGAGAAGGGGAUGUUGGGAUGACUACUACUACUAGUAAUAGUAGUGGCGCUGGUAACCUGAGCAGCUUCACGUUAGGGAGUUUCGCGCCUGCGCGGGCGCGGUUGAGCAUGCGCGCGCCCCAUGUGCGCGCGUACGCGGACUUGCUGGCGCGGAUGCAGGCGGAAGUGGCGUCGGAAGUCGGUAUCGCGCCAGACAGUAUCGCGUACAGUUACAAGCACGUGAGCAACGGAUUCGCCGCGGUGCUCUCCCCCGCCCAACUCCGCCGCCUCGUCCGCCACUCCGCCGUCGCCUCCGCGCGUCCCAGCCGCCCCUUGCGCGCCGACACCACCGACUCCCCCGCCUUCCUGGGGCUCGUGGGACGCGCAGCCGCGGGCAGCGCCAGGGGCCGCGGAAGCGGGGGGAUGUGGCGCACGUUUGGGGGGCAGCAGAGGGCGGGGGAAGGGGUGGUGGUGGGGGUGAUAGACUCGGGGAUCUGGCCGGAGCAUCCGUCAUUUAGUGAUAGGAAUUUCAGCGCCAGUCGGCCGAAAGGAUGGUCGGGAUCGUGCGAUGCCACGUCAGAUUUUAAGUGCAACAACAAGAUCAUCGGGGCGAGGAUCUUCAACGCUGCAUUCAGAGCGAAGCACGGGAAGCCGGAUCUGGCCACAGAUUGGCUGUCGCCGCGAGAUGGAUUCGGACACGGCACGUGGUGUGCAGGCGCAGCAGCGGGCAACAGCGGCGUGCCCAUGGAGGGCGGCAGGGCGAGCGGCAUGGCGCCAGCAGCGCGCAUCGCGGCGUACAAGGUGUUCUGGUACGCGCAGGGCGCGCGCCCCGAGAUGCGCGGGCUGGGGGGGGAGACGGCGGACCUGCUGGCGGCGGUGAACCAGGGAGUGGCGGACGGGGUACAUGUGCUGUCGAUCUCUCUCUCAGCGGACGAUCCUGAGGCCACCUACUUUGACGACGUGCCCUAUAUGCAUGCCAACCUGGCAGGCGUGACGGUGGUGAUGUCAGCGGGCAACAACGGCGCUCCCCUGCACGGCCCCCUGGGCACGUACCGCAGCGUCACCAACUUCUCGCCCUUCUACCUCACCGUCGGGGCCAGCUCCAUUCUCCGGGGAGGUGUAUCUCUCGCCUCCUCCCCUUCAUCUGACAGCAGCAGCAGCUCUGCUGAGUCAACACAGUCGCCAGCCCCCGCAGCAGCGUCCCCAUCCGCCGGCGCCGCUCCAGUCGUGGCGGACUUCUCGUCCUCAGGCCCCCUCCACCGCCCCUGGGCGCUCCCUCCCCCAGGCCACCCCUCCAACAGCGUCUUAAAGCCCGACAUCAUCGGCCCAGGGGUGGACCUCUGGGCCGCAUGGGCAGGAACCGUUCCUGGAAAGGCAGGGGGGAGCGGAGGAGGGGGAGGGGGAGGGGAGGUAUCGCAGCUGUCGGGGACGUCGAUGGCGACGCCUCACCUGGCGGGCAUUGCUGCUCUCAUCAUGCAGAAGCGCCCCUUGUGGAGCCCGGCGCAGGUCAUGUCCGCCAUCUGCACCACCGCCACAACCAGGGAUACCAGGGGGGGACGUAUCCUCAAUGCUCGUGGUGCUGCCGCGUCUCCCUGGGAAAUGGGUUCAGGGCACGUUCUUCCGCCGAGGGUUCUAUAUCCAGGGCUGACUUACGAUGCCAGGGGAUGGGCUUAUGUUAAUUUCCUGGCAGGGCAGGAUUCUCGGGCAGCCAAAAAGGAGUUUCCAUGGGCGAAGUUGUAUCGCAGGAAGCCGUGGAAUUUGAACCGACCAACGAUUUCAGUGGCGAGGUUGAAAGGGACUGUGGAGGUGUUCAGAGUGGUUACGAGUGUUGCUGGUUCAACUUGCACAUACAGAGCAAGAGUGGCGGAACCUCCAGGGAUCACAGUUUCAGUUCAGCCUGACCAUUUUACCAUUUCUCCAAGGGAGAGAUUCACAUACCGCAUGGUUUUGAAUGUCACCAGACCAUUCAAGGGCUUUCAGUUUGGAAGCAUUUUGUGGGAGGAUGGGAAAGGGCACGCAGUUAAUUCUGCUAUUGCUGUGCUUGCGGUCUCUAAAGGGAGGUAACACAUACUAAAUGGGUCUUGUGUAUUAUGCUUGUGCUAUAGUUCUAUCAUGCUCUUCUUGUAUAAUGCUAAGUUUG